ACAACCUUACAGUUUAGUAUUUGUUAUAUUUUUUUUUUGUUUAUUUUGUUAUAAGUACCAUACUACCAUUUUUAAUAUUAUAAUGUCUAAAGACACUAAAGUGAGACCAACUCAAACCCAGAUGAGGUAUUUGGUUGAUCUAAUGGCCAAUGAUCAACAAUUGUGUUCGGGCAAGUUUACUAAAAGUUUUACACAUAAAAUUGCUCAACAAAGAUGGGAAAGCAUCUCUAUUCAAUUAAAUGCAUUACCAGGUGCGGAGAAGAGUUGGAAUAAGUGGAAGAAAACAUGGCAAGAUACUAGAAACAUAACAAAAUCUAAAGCGGCAGCUAUUAAAAGGCACAUAGGAGGUACAGGUGGUGGAUCAAAAUGCGAAAUUGAACUAAAUGAAGUUCAAAAGGAAAUUUUACCUUUAUUUAGCCAAGCAUCUGUUAGCGGUCACUUUAAUUCUGAAGAGUCAGUGGUUGAGUUUGACUUUGAUGAUACAACUAAAGAUGUGUUAACUGAUGCUAAUGAAUUAUGUAUUGAAGAGUUGGUAGAGACAAUCACUUACAGUAAUUCUGAGAAAGAAAAUAAUGAACCCCCAUUAAACAUUAAAGCUGUGAAUGAAAAUUAUUACGAGCCUUCAACUUUUGAACCAUUAACAACAACUACAAGUGCUCAUAAACCAAGUAAAAACUUCCAAAUAAGUUUAAAAAAAAAAAAAUUAUUUUUUUAUUAUUUUUUAAUUUAUUUAAUUAAUUAAUUAAUUUAUUUAUUUUUAAUGAUAAAUUAUAUGACU